UUUGACAUAUAACAUCGCAGCAAUACUAACCAACCAUAGUUCGUCACGUACCAAAGCUUACCGUCUUUGUUAUAAAUGAAACCGUGUAUAAUAUGGCUUGCUUGAUUUCCCCUGUAAUGAAACUCCGUCGUCUCUCUUCGGCUGAUUCGCGGCGGUUUGCAUACCGGAAUCUGAGCGACGACGAUAUGGAGGAUUCGGUUAUAAGGGUGGUGGUGGGGAAGGAGAAGAAAGAGUUCAUGGUCGAACCGUACGUCCUCGAAGAGACACCGUUUAGAGUCUUGAUUGGUUCGGCUAAGGAUCGUACCCAGAGCCGGUUCAACCGGACUGGUAGAGUAGUGUGGCUUGAUCAUGUCGACUCGAUCUUGUUCGAGCACUUGCUGUGGCUUCUUCGUAACGAUGCCUCUUCAUUUUCAGAUAUGGAUGUCGCCGAGAUCAUUGAGUUCUACGCUCAAGAUUGCUAGAGAAAUAAAUUGUGAUGUUGUAACCAUUUAGACGUGUAUACUGUGAUGCUAUACUCGGUCUUUGGUUCAUAGUUUUUUUAAUAGUUUGGAUCGGUUUGGUUCGAAAUACCUGUGAUCAUUGUGCUAUAACGAGAAGGCCUAUUAAAUAUUUGCUACAGA